GUAUAGAGUUCAGUCUCCCUCUAGUGGAGGAGAGGAGGAAGAGCAAGGACCAACAGAACCUGGAUGGGCAGGAUGGGAAAUCGGAGGGGUGCUCUGAGCCGACUGAAGGCGCGGCGUGUCAGGAGGAGGACGAGGGAGGAGAAGACGGAUAUAACGACGACGAUGACAGCAGCUUCUCCUGGCUGAAGGAGAUGGGAAUCGAGGACAAAAUCAAGAAGCCAGACAGCAUCAGCAUCCAACUUCGGAAGGAGAGUCGCACCGUGUCUCUGGACCACAAACCAGAGUCAGUGGUGUGUGUGGAGGGGCCUCACACUUUCACCCUCAUCAACUUCCUCAUCAACUGUAAGAGCGUGGUGGCGGCAGCGGGUUCCCAGGCUGGGUUACCCCCAACCCUGCUGGCUCCCAUCGCUUUCAGAGGAGCUACGAUGCACACACUGAAGGCUCGCAGUGUGAACGUGAAGAGUCAGGUUGGUUCUACCUUCCAGAAUAUCAGCAGUCUGGAGAUCACAG